AGAGCACAUACGCUGCGUUCACCCUUGGCUACCUCCGCUUCAAAAUAAUGGGAAAGAAAGCCACAAAGUCCACGCGCAAGUUUGCGGCGAGUGGUCAGCUCCAAAAAACCAUACAAGCUCGGCGAAAGCAGCGUGAUAUCAGGAAGAAGGUGGAAAGGCGAAAGAGCAGUAAGGGCAAGGGCAAGCGGGUAGCAGGAGAUGCUGAGGAAGGGGAGGAAGGGGAGAUGGAUGUGGAGGAUGAGUCGCACAAGUCCAAAGGAAUGUCCGUGGACGACUUCUUGGGCGGGGCAUUCAUGCAGGGGGGAGAUGGCGAAGAUGGUUCAGUGGAUGGUCUAGACGACGGCGACGACGACGCCGGAAGUGAGAGUGAAGAGGAGGAGGACGAAGAUGACAACCAGUCCUUUGCCUCGGUGGACGAUCUGGAUGACGAGGGAGAAGCGCACAUGCUCGAGCUCUCUAAGCUAGCAGAGAAAGACCCAGAAUUCUACAAGUACUUGCAAGAAAACGACCGCGAGCUUCUCGCGUUCGACUCCAGUGGUGCAGGGGGACACGAGGAGGAAGAUGAUGAAGAUGAAGAGGACAAGGACGCCAUGCAAGAGGAUCAAGUUCCCAUCCUCACGAAAGCCACGCUGCAGCAAUGGCAAAAGGCCAUCCUUGAGCAUCGGUCGUUACGAGCAUUGCGCAAGUUGCUCAUUGCAUUCCGUUCGGCCGCACACAUGAAUGAGGAGGAUCAAGUCCUAGCAUGGAAUAUCGACAGUUCUUCAGUGUACAACAAAUUGGUCACAACUGCUCUUAAGUACACCCCCGUCGUCCUCGAGCAUCAUUGUCCCUACAAGAUCCUUCCGUCGGGCAAGUUCAAGUCACCGACACAAACACCAAAGUGGAAGACACUGCAGAAAAUGAUCCUCUCAUAUUUCCACAACAUCAUGCAUCUGCUCUCACAGAUGACAGACACGGAGAUGCAACGACUUGCUCUUACGGAAAGCGCGAAGCUCGUGCCGUACAUUACGAGCAGCCGCAAGUCUGUCAAAGCGUAUCUGAAGGCAUGCUUAGACCUUUGGGCCAGCGCUGAAGAUAGCGUCCGCAUCGCCGCAUUCCUUGCCGUCCGCAAGCUCGCCUCAGCGACAGACGCGUCGAUCAUGGACAUAGUCCUUAAGAGCACCUAUCUGACGCUUGUCCGCUCAUGCAAGUCUACGAGCGCACACACGCUCCCGUCUAUCACGCUCAUGAAAAACUCGGCAUCGGAGCUCUACUGCCUGGACCACGCGACAGCGUACCAGCACGCGUUUGGAUACAUCCGUCAGCUCGCAAUCCACCUCCGGAACAGCACGAAGGUGAAGAGCAAGGAGGCGUAUAAGCAAGUAUACAAUUGGCAAUACGUGCAUUGCGUCGACUUCUGGGCCAUCGUGCUGGCACGCGCGUGCGACAAGCAGGCCCUCGCCGAUAGGAAUGGGAAGGAGAGCGAGCUGAAGCCCCUCAUUUACCCCUUGGUGCAGGUGUCGCUAGGAGCUAUGAAACUCAUCCGCAACGCACGCUCAUAUCCCUUCCACUUCCACAUGAUCCGCUCUCUACUGCACCUUACCCGGCACACGCAUGCAUACGUACCCCUCGCGCCAUGCAUCCUGCCCAUCAUCACGUCGACGCUCUCGGUAUCAUCAAAACCGAAAGCGUCUACGCUGCGCCAGUUCGACUUCGAGACAAACAUCCGCGCGCCGCAGCAGUACCUGAAGACGCGCGUCUACAACGAAGGACUCGCCGAGGAGGCAACAUACCUCCUCGCCGAGUACCUCUCGAGUGCGCCCGUCCAAGUCAGCAUCGCGUUCCCUGAAAUCGUCGUGCCCAUCGUCAUGGUGCUCAAGAAGACGAUCAAAAUGGCCAAGUCGUCCCCCUGGAAAUCAAAGGAGGCGGGUCUGGCGAAGGGGCUCGUUGAGCGCGUUGAGGAGGGUGCGCGGUGGGCCGAGCAAAAGCGGAAGGGCGUCACGUUCGCUCCCGGCCACAUGAACGAGGUGGAGACAUGGGAACGCAGUGUCAAGGUUGACGACACGCCAUUGGGCAAGUACGUGAAGGUACAGCGGAAGACACGGGAGAAGCGGCGGAAGCUGGUCGAGAAGGCCAGGGAAGGUGAAAAUGAGAUCUUAGAGGACUGAUCUUCUAGAUACAUUCGGCAUUGAUGGUGCAUCCCAUGACGAACGUACCUUGGGAACUCUACGGUACACUUUGUAUAUCUCUAGUCUGCAUCUCGGUCGGAGAAACGGCUCCUGGCCAGUUUACACCUC